AUGCAACGGAGUAGCCACUCUGCUCUCGGCAUCAUGGCAACCACGGACCCCGAAUACAUAAGCCAGAAAAAGGGUCCACGCAUUCUAGGGGUGUUCUGGGCCUUCUACAGUGUGAGUGUGGUGAUGGUAUCCCUGCGACUUUAUAUCAGAGCCCGGAUGUUAAAGAACAUUGGACUCGAUGACUAUAUUAUCGUGGCAGCAAUGGCUAUGGUCACCAGUUAUACAAUUCUCACCACGGUAACUGUCGUUAUGGGAUACGGGAGCCAUACCUCUGUGUUGAUGGAAAAAGGUGGCAUGGACUUGGUUGAACGCAUUCUAGCCCUUAACUACGCAAAUUUCGCACUGGGAAUUAUGUCUUUUACCACCCCAAAACUCGCAUCGCUGCUCUCCUAA